UAUAUGGCAAAUUGCAUGAUGACGGAAAAUAAAUUCUACAAAAAAGCUGCUUGUUACUGGGCUAAUGUUCCAGCAACUAUAGACGGAGUACUCGGCGGUUUUGGUUACAUUUCGGACAUUGACAUCAAUGGCUCGAGAGACUUUUUAAAUAAAAUUGGAGCACUCGAUAGACAUCCGGAUUGUAAACUUGCAUUAGACUGCGGCGCUGGAAUAGGAAGGGUGACUAAAAACCUUUUAAUUUCUCGAUUUGAGAAGGUCGAUUUAGUCGAACAAAACGAAAAGUUCAUUAACACCGCCAAACAAUUGAUCGGCGAAGACAAUGCCUGUCUUGGAACAGUGUACAAAAUCGGAAUUCAGCAUUUCAAACCGCAAAAAAGAUACGAUAUAAUUUGGUGUCAAUGGGUGCUCGGACACUUAAAUGACUACGAUUUAAUAGAAUUUUUAGAGAGAUGUGGUGAGAUGCUAGCUGACAAUGGUGUGAUAGUUGUAAAAGAAAAUAUUAACACAUUUGCCGAAUUAGAAUAUGACGAUGAUGAUUCUUCAGUGACACGGUCAUGUAGUCUCUUGCAAAAAAUAUUUAAUGAGGCACAAUUAAGUAUUAUCCUUUGUGACGUUCAAACCAAUUUUCCAGAAGAUAUAUAUCCUGUUUACAUGUUUGCUUUGGUACCAGUGAAAAGAGUAUAGCCUAAAAAAUAUAUCAUUGUAUACAUAAUUAUUCUAAAAGUCUCUCAUUCAAGUAGCUUGAAACAAUAGAACGCGAAAUGCUUCGGUUCAAACAACCUGAUAUGCUUCCUUCACAUUCAUCAGUCUGAAUAGAUUAAUUAGUUUAUAUGAAUGUACACGUUUGCUGAUGAGGAGAACAUUUAACAUAUCUCUAUUUCAGCAGGUCACCAGUUUAAUCAAAGUAAGUCGUUCUAUAGCGAUCUCUGUCUACAUCUGCAAUCAUUGACGCCCGGCAUAGGUAACUACUUCAAAAUGUAUAUUUUAACA